AUGCAGCCAGUGUCGAUUACCAAGGCGGCGCCCGCCGCCCAAUUGGCUAGUCCAAGACUAAACGUAGGAUGGGGCCUCUCAGACGGCGAAGGAUCAGAGCGUCUUUGGUCUGCAUUGGAUACUCUAGUGUCUUCUGGAAGAUACUCAACCAGUCAACACCAAGCCGACGCAAUUGAUUUGCGAGCCAAACACUAUUGUACCAGCUUACGCCACAAUGCAACUGUCUCCCUCACUAAGAAGAGGAAAGAUGCAAUCAAGCGCCUGGAAGAAGCUGAGGCUGCCCUCCGUAACCUCCUUGAUGCGGAUCCUGCUGUUGGUGGAGAUUAUUUUGAGAACAAGUGGAAUGAUCAAAAGACCCGCCAACUCGAUGUGAUCAAUGAGACCACAAAAGAGAAGCGGGAGCGUCUCCUGAUCCUUAUUGGGCUAGCAGAGGAGCUUGUUGUAGCACAUGAUCGUCUCAAGGCAAUUCAAAACAAACGCCGGAGGGUUAGGACGCAGGCCGAUAACAACAACCUGAUGGCGUUACCUGGUUCGGUGGCAGACGUUGAGGAGCAGAUUGAAGCCAUUGCCGACGAGCUUGGAGGUGUCGAGUUCCGAAACCUCGCUGGAGCCGCACGUAAUCAGCGUGAUGCGCUUUUGGGUACCUCACUGGCCCUUGGCAAGUUGUAUGAAGCAAAGGUCGGCCUGACUGAAGCGCGGCUGCGACGUCAUCGCCACACUGGCGCCAGACAACAACAAUACAUGGCCAAGCAUUUAGGUGACAGGACUAGAGAUGUUCGUGUCAAGUACGCUACUUACCAGCGGCGUGUUGAAAAAUACCGCACUGAAUUUCCGGAAGCAGUGCAACCUGAUUUACCUGAUUUGGCCAAAGUGAUGGGAAUGGAUAUGGACAACCCUUUCUGGAAUAGAGGUGAAAUUACCCCCAAAGAUCGUGCAGCAGGGGAGAGGGACAGAUUGGGUAUUGAAAGCUUCUUAUCGCAAAGAAGUUCCCGAGAAGAUCUGCGCCGGAUUGCGAGAGAAGUCCGUCAGAUGACUGGAUGGGCAAAUGGGUAUUUUGAUUGUGUAGUUGGUCUGAAACACCGCGGCGACUUAGAGGGUUGUGGUUCCUUGAAAAACAGAUUGAUGUCCCUCUAUAACAUAGUGUCGAGGAAAGCAUGCAAACUAUGGAAGAAAUGGAGCAAAGACCUCAAACAGGCGCUUGUCGACACGCGCACGUGUUUACAAGGCACCGGCGAACAAGAUCAGGUCUUGAAAGAGAAAUUUGACAAGGUAAGUAAAUGGGCUGACAAAGAGUGGAAAACUAUGGCUGGUAAGCCAGUUAUCCAAGCAGAGGAACCAGAUGAGUAUGAAAAUGCGGAAGAGGAAGAGUAUGAAAGGUGGUAUGACAUGCAUGGGGAAAUGAUAUGA